AAGUGAUUCAUCUGUAAUUGGGUUUCAGUGGUUCGAGAAAAUUUUAGAAUUGCGUAUUCAUUUUAUAGUAAUUAUAUUAAAACCUAAAAUAUAGAAGUCGUUAAAUAUAUUACCCAAUAAUGUCUGUAAAUACGGCACACGCCAAUAAUGGAGUGUUGAUUCAUGCCGGAGAGUACAUUUUACUGCAUAGUGAUGGCGUUACCAUGGACUUUUCCGGUCAGGAUAAUCCUGUCUUUAAGGGCUCAAAGCAGGGACGUAUUUACCUGACGUCACACCGGCUGAUCUUUAACCAUAAAAAACCGGCUGAUCAGCUGCAAUCUUUUAGUGCACCUUUUAUAGCUCUUUCAGAUGUUGAAUUGGAGCAGCCAGUCUUUGGCGCCAACUACAUUAAGGCCAAGGUUCGUGCGCAACCAAACGGAAAUUUUAUAGGCGAGGUAAAGUUCAAGUUGCAUUUUAAGUCUGGUGGAGCGAUUGAGUACGGUCAGGCUUUGCUACGCGCAGCUAGUACUGCUCAAAGCAAUUACCAUCGUGGUGGCGCUCCCAACGAUGAUCCACCACCAUAUACGCCAGCAGGCGCUUGGCAUGAGGCUCCACCACCGGCCUAUCAGCCACCACCAGGUUACUACGGUUGGCUGCCUACACAUGAGGCGUUCAGUGGCCCAGCCAAUGGCACGGUGUUUGUAAGCGAUAAUCCACCACCAUAUCCAGGAAUUGGCGGACCACCAGCUUAUACACCACAACCAUAUGCGCAACCCGGCUAUAACCCACAACAGCCAUACGCAGGCUAUAAUCCACAACAGCCACAACCUGGUUACAAUCCACAUCAGCCGCAAGGAGCUUGCAACCCCCAGCCUCAAUACGGAAACAACGAUGCGCCAGCUUGGAACGGCUUUUCAGCACCACCAUCCGAACAGCCACAACAACAACCACCACCUGGAAAUCAACCACCACCCUACGCGGCUGGUGGAUACGGCCAGCCAGGCGGUUAUCCUCCGGGCGCCCCCGGUGCCUACAAUCCAUCAUAUAACCCUGGUUACAAUCCGGCUUACAAUCCCGGUCAUCAACCAGGUGGCUAUCCUCAGCCGGGAGGUUACCCACCACCAGGCAGUGCACCAGGAGGAGCUGCGGCCGGUGCAAUGGGCUUUGGCAUGCCGCCAGCAAAUUCUAAAGAAGCCGAGGCAAUGGCUAGCGCCCACAAUACAACUUACAACCAAUAUUCCAAUAAUGCUGCACCGAGCGACUUGCCACCAGCCUAUGAUGCUCUACCUCCCAACUAUGACAGCGCUCAUAAGAAGAAUCAGUAACUGUUACAAUAACAACAGUAGUAAAUCUCUAAAUACGUUUGUUCGCAAUUUUUUACAUAACGUCUGAUCUGUAGAGCAACUCACACAACACAAACUACGUCACAACUUAUAAAACAUAGACGACUAGACUGCUUCGGUUCAUAGUGUGCGAAUGUGACACGUUUCUUAGUCAUUCCGCUGAACUUGCGCGUAAAAUAUUUACAUAUAUACCAUUUAUAUACUUAUAUAAUAUAUGCAUUCUUUAUAUGUUUCAAACGUAAACCUUAUAUAAACCUAUUACUACUAUAUACCUGCAUGUUUACACACACAGAAUACACACAUACGAGUAUAUUUAUCAAAUUAGCUUCAAUAACCAAUUAGUACACUUACCAAAUAUUAUCAGAGCAUAUUAUUAUAUUAUUUUGUUAAAAAAAUACUUCAAUAAUUAACAUGCAAAUUGUUAUAAUGUUACACGAAGCGCAAAUUAAUUACAAAUAUGCUCAAUUAAAAUUACUAAAACAAUUUAUCUUCAAAAUUCUCUGCAAAACUAAAAUCAUUUCUACAGUAUUUCCUUGAGAGCGAUUGGUUAUGCCAAACAUUGCUUUGUAAAAUCUUGCUAUUAGUGGCUCUGUAUAUAUUUUAUUACCGUUGAAUUUGUACGCACUUUGUUUUUAUUUUAUUAUUGUAUUUAUAUAUUAUAUAAUCAAUUUAAUUGAAAUAAAUAAAGUAAGCCUGAGCUGAAGUACUACGGA